AUGAUCAUCAUACUUGAAGAAAAUCCUUCAGCACCUAAUGAAAAAGAUACUGCCUUUUUACGUGAAUUACAAAGAAAAGUACGCAAUCCGAAUGAAAUUGAGCCUUUAAAAAGUUUACCAUUCCCUCCAAAAUUUGAUGAACAUGUUUUUUUUAAAAAAAGAAAGGGAAAAAUUACUAAAAUAAAAACAAAAGCUGCAAAUGGUUGGUUCUUUUACAGAAAAGCUUAUGUUGAAGAAUUGAAAGCUAAUGGAAGAACUUAUCCUAUGACUGAAAUCUCAAAAUAUAUUUCUGAAUCUUGGAAAAAUGAACCUGAAAAGGUUAAAACUUUUUAUAAGAAGCUUGCUAGUAAAGCUGCUGAUUUACAUCAUGAAAUUUAUGGAAAUGAUCUAUCUAAUAUUAAACCUGAAGUCGUGAAUAAAAAACCAAAGAAACCUCAAGUGAACCCGAAUGUAUCAACAAAACCAAAUGAAUUGACAACAAUUUGUGAACGUCCUUUCAUUAUCAAUAGAGAUGAGGAUACUAUUUAUUCACCUUGUUCACCUAGUUCACCUUAUAUACCUGACACACCUUGUGAAUACUUCUAUCCUUCUAAUAUAUUUUACGGGCCACCAUAUGUUAAUUUUUAUACUGAACCAGUCAGUCUUCUUGGCGAUAUUGAUAAUUUCAAUUCUGGUUUCGGCAAUGAGCACCUUUUUGGUGAGCCUAUGAACACAAUGAACACAAUGAAUACUAUGAACAUUAUGUAUACUGAAUUAGCUAUAAAUAACAUGAAUUUUUAG